CCGUGGCCCCGCCCCCGCGGCGUGCACUCCCUCCCUUCAGUCGCCUCGCGCCCGGCUCCGGGGUGCCCUCGCGCCGCUGCCGCGCCGCUAUUGGCCCGUGUCCUCGCGCCGCUGUUGCCAGUUCAGAGCCUUUCCUCAAGUUUUGACCCGGCUGAUGACGGCACUUCUAUCCCUGCAAUCGUUGGGCGAACGCUGCAGGAAACCUCUCUUGUCGGCUGUCUCGCCCCGGAAAGCUCCCGUCGGGUGAAGGGGAGUCUCCGAGCCCGGGCCCCGCGCGCGUUGCCGCGCGGCCUCGGACGAGAGCGGUCCCCGUCGCCGCACGCCCAGUGCGAGGGAGCUUUGCCACGGACGCUGGGCGGACGGAGUAGAGGAGCCGGAAGCCUGGACGGCCUGGGAGACGCCGCGGAGCGCCGCUGCGGCCCGGCUGGCGUGAGCCCCGCGGGGACGAGCCCGCGGCCGUGACGGGGACGAGCCCGCGACGCGGAGGAGCCCCCGGCCGCGACGCAGAGGAGCCCCCGGCCGCGACGCGCAGCAGCCCGAGCCGGCAGCCAUGGGGCAGCCGCGUCCUGAGGCCGGGCGCCGCGGGGCCUCGCUCUGCAGCCGCCUGCCCGCCACCCCCAGCAACGGCUGAGGCCGCGCCGCGGCGGCGGCGAUGAGCGGCGCCUUGGCCCCGGCACCCAGGCUCGGCUCCCCGCUCGGACCAUGACCUCCUACCGCCCCGCGCAGCUCGACGGCGCGGACCCGGCCGCCGCCGCCGCCCCCAAGGACGGGCCGCCCGGCGCCCGGCCCGCCGACUACUACCCGCCGGGCUACCGGGCGCAGAACGGCAGCGUGCCGCAGGCGGGCGCCGAGGGCCCCGCCGCCCCCCGCCCCGCCGCCGCCGCCGCCACGCCGGCCGUGCCCAAGAUGGGGGUGCGCGCCCGCAUCGCCGACUGGCCCCCCAGGAGGGAGGCGCCGAAGGAGCCGGCCGCGCCGAGCCCCGGCAGGGAGGCGGAGGCGGCCGCCGGCAGGGACGUCGCCGUGCCCCGCGGCCUCCAGAACGGGCAGCAGCCGGGCGGCGGCGGCGGCGGCGGGGGGCUCAGAGCCCUGCACCGCCUGGCCCGGCGCAGGUCCAAGGACGUGGAGUUUCAGGAGGGCUGGCCGCGGUCGCCGGGCCGGGGCUUCGCCCCGCUGCGCCACAGGAGCAGCAGCGAGAUCACGCUCAGCGAGUGCGACGCCGAGGAGCCGCUGGAGCCGCGGGGGGCGAAGCUGGCGGGCGGCGCGCCGCUCUUCCGCGAGUACGGCAGCACCUCCUCCAUCGACGUGCAGGGCAUCUCGGAGCAGAGCUUCUUCGACAUGCUCAACGAGUUCCGCAACAAGAAGCCGGACCCGCGGGCCGCGACGCCCGAGCGCCUGGGCGAGCUGCUCCGCGCGGACCCCGCCGGCGCCCCCGGCCUCUACCCGCCCGGCGCCGCCAAGGCGGAGGCCAGGAACGGGCCGGCGCUGCCCCGCGACGAGCUGCCCUCGCAGCCCAAGGAGAAGCCGCGCAAGAAGGGCCCCAAGGGGGAGGCGGGCGGCGACUCCAUCUUCAAGAAGCUGCGGAGCAGCCGCAACGAGGGGGAGCCCGGGAAGGGGCCGGCGGAGGCGGAGGAGGGCCGGGCGCCCGAGGCCGGCAGGGCCUGGGUGUGCCAGAAGAGCUUCGCCCACUACGACGUGCAGAGCAUGCUCUUCGACCUCAACGCCGUGGCCGCCGCCCGCGCCGUGGUGGCCCAGCGGCGGAACACCACCACGGGCGCCUCGGCCGCCUCGGCCGUCUCCGCGGCCCUCUCGCGCGCCUACGGGCUGGGCGGGCUGGACCCCGCCUUCGCCAGCACCGAGGACCUCAACUACAAGGAGAACCUGGAGCACGACCUGGGGGACAACAACAGCAACGAGCUGCUGCUCAGCUGCCCCCACUUCCGCAACGAGAUCGGCGGCAUGAGCGAGCGCAACGUCAGCUUCUCCAAGGCCUCGGCCGGCUCGCCCGGCGGCCCGGCGGCCGACGGCGGCUUCCUGGAGCCCUGCCUCAGCGUGCACUGCACCAACGCCAGCAUCUCCGUGCUGGAGCUCCCCAGGGAGCUGCAGAGGAACCCCGGCCGGCUCAGGCACUACAGCGUCGAGCACGUGGACCUCGGGGCCCGCUACUACAGGGACCACUUCCACGGCAAAGAGCACUCCAACUACUUCGGGGUGGACGAGAAGUUGGGCCCGGUGGCCGUGAGCAUCAAGCGGGAGAAGCUGGAGGAUCACAAGGACCACGGCCCCCAGUACCAGUACCGGAUCAUCUUCCGGACCAGCGAGCUCGUCACCCUGCGCGGCUCCAUCCUCGAGGACGCCACUCCCACCGCCACCAAGCACGGGACGGUCCGCGGGCUCCCGCUCAAGGACGCGCUGGAGUAUGUGAUCCCCGAGCUCAACAUCCACUGCUUGCGGCUGGCCAUGAGCACGCCCAAGGUCACGGAGCAGCUCCUGAAGCUCGACGAGCAAGGGCUCUGCCGGAAGCACAAGGUGGGCAUCCUGUACUGCAAAGCCGGCCAGAGCUCGGAGGAGGAGAUGUACAACAACGAGGAAGCGGGGCCCGCCUUCGAGGAGUUCCUCUCGCUCCUCGGCGAGAAGGUGUGCCUGAAGGCCUUCAGCAAGUACGCUGCCCAGCUGGACACCAAGACCGACUCCACGGGCACCCACUCGCUGUACACCACCUACCAGGACUACGAGAUCAUGUUCCACGUCUCCACCAUGCUCCCGUACACCCCCAACAACAGGCAGCAGUUACUGAGGAAGAGGCACAUAGGAAAUGACAUAGUCACAAUCAUCUUUCAAGAGCCCGGCGCAUUGCCCUUCACUCCCCAGAAUAUCCGAUCGCACUUCCAGCAUGUCUUUAUCAUUGUCCGCGUCCACAACCCUUGCACUGAUAAUGUUUGUUAUAGUGUGGCUGUGACCAGAUCCAAAGACGUCCCGCCCUUCGGGCCCCCCAUCCCCAGCGGCGUUACCUUCCGCAAGUCCGACGUCUUUAGAGACUUCUUGCUGGCCAAGGUGAUCAACGCGGAGAACGCCGCCCACAAGUCGGACAAGUUCCACACCAUGGCCACGCGGACCCGGCAGGAGUACCUGAAAGACCUGGCCGAGAACUGCGUCACCAACACGCCCAUCGACUCCACUGGGAAGUUCAACCUCAUCUCGCUCGCCUCCAAAAAGAAGGAGAAGACGAAAGCCCGGGCGGGAGCGGAGCAGCACAGCGCGGGAGCCAUUGCGUGGCGCGUCUCCGCGCAGGACUUUGCCCAGGGAGCGGAGAUAGACUGCAUCUUGGGUAUCUCCAAUGAGUUCAUCGUCCUGCUCGAUCUGAGCACCAAGGAGGUGGUGUUCAACUGCUUCUGUGGGGACGUGAUCGGCUGGACCGCAGACACUUCCACCAUCAAGAUCUUCUAUGGCCGCGGGGACCAUAUUUUCAUCCGGGCAGCUGAGGGCGGCCCCGAUGACAUCAAAGAGAUCGUGCAGAGGCUCAAGGUUAUGACCUCCGGCUGCGAGACCGUGGACAUGACCUUGCGGAGGAACGGGCUGGGCCAGCUGGGCUUCCACGUGAAGUACGACGGCACCGUGGCCGAGGUGGAGGACUACGGCUUCGCCUGGCAGGCCGGCCUCCGGCAGGGCAGCCGGCUGGUGGAGAUCUGCAAGGUGGCCGUGGUGACGCUCACCCACGACCAGAUGAUCGACCUGCUGCGGACGUCCGUCACCGUCAAGGUCGUCAUCAUCCCGCCGCACGAGGACGGGGCGCCGCGCAGGGGAUGGGCCGAGUCGUUCGAGACGAGCGGCAUGGAGCACAAGGGCGAGCCGGAGAGCGUGCCGGCCGGCUACCGGCCCCCGUACCGCAGCAACUCCGCCUGGCAGUGGAGCGGCCCGGCCUCGCACAACUCGGCGCCGGCGGGCAAGUGGUCCGAGCCGCCGGCCCUCGGGCACGGCCAGUCCCUCAGCCGUGCCCCCAAGCAGACCGCCACCGUGCCCUACCGCGAGCCGCAGCCCCUGCACAGCAAGAGGCCGGUCAGCUUCCCCGAAACCCCCCACCCCACCUCGUCCUCGCCGGCCGGAGCAGAGAGGGUCCAGCCCUACCGGCAGCCCUCGGGCAGCUUCUCCACCCCAGGCACCGGCGGAGCCGCCUACGCCCGCUAUAAGCCGUCUCCGGAGAGAUACGCGGCCUCGCAGCGCCCGCUGCUGCCCUUCGAGCCGCACGCCGGCCACGACGCGGCCUCCAGCGGCGACUCCUCGUCCGGGGGGCUCACCAGCCACGAGAGCACCAUGGAGAGGCACAAGCCGGAGCCGCUGUGGCACGUGCCGGCGCAGUCCAGGCUCCCCGCGGCGGCGGGGGGCGGCGGGAGCAAGCGGCCCGGCCGGCAGGAGCUGGCGGGCAAGGACUCGCCCAACCGGCAUUCGAAGGGCGAGGCGCAGUACUCGAGCCACUCCAGCAGCAACACGCUGUCCAGCAACGCCUCCAGCAGCCACAGCGACGAGCGCUGGUUCGACGGCACCGACGCCGCCGAGCCCGAGCCGGACCCGCUCUGCAAAGGCGGCUCCAGCGACAGCGGCAUCGACACCGCGCUCUACGCCUCCAGCCCCGGCGGCCCCAAGCCCUGCCGCCCGGCGCCGGCGCGCGACAAGCUCCCCAAGGCGCCCUACGCCGCCCCGCACGAGAACGGCGCCCGCCCCGCCGACAAGAAGAGAGAGCCGUCGCCCACCGUCAGCGCCGGCAGCCAGGGCAAGGGCUACCGGCCCAAGCUGUACGCGCCGGCGGCCGGCACGGCCGCGGCCCCCGGCAGCAGCCCCGACCCCUUCAAGCAGCCCGGCAGCCUCAACCCGCGGCCCGGUUAUCCCGCUUACAAAGCGCCCGUGGCCGAGACGCCCCGGCCCGCGCACGCCUCCCAGCCCGGCUCCUUCCAGCUCUCGGCCUCGGUGCCCAAGUCCUUCUUCUCCAAGCAGACGGUCAGGAACAAGCACGCCUCGGGGUGGAAGCGCCCCGACGACGCUCCCGCCCGCCCCGCCGCCUUCUCGGACCCCAAGAAGCAGGUGGACGUGACCACCAAGAACGUCUUCGGGCAGCCGCGGCUGCGGGCCUCGCUGCGGGACCUCCGCUCGCCCCGCAAGAGCUACAAGUCCACCAUCGAGGACGACCUCAAGAAGCUCAUCAUCAUGGACAGCUCGGCCCCGGAGCCGGAGCGGGACGGGUCCCCGCAGAAAGCCCUGCAGCGGACGCUGUCGGACGAGAGCCUGUGCAGCGGGCGGCGGGACGCGGGCUAUGCCAGCGCGGCCUGCUUCGAGCCGGCGCUGGCCAGCGACGUCCUCUUCACCAGCGCCUACCCGUCCAGCACCCUGCCCACCCGCCGGCAGCACCCGCCGGCCGGCAACGGCAGCCUCCCCGAGAAGAAGUCCACGAUUUCCGCCUCCGAGCUGUCCCUGACGGACUCGCGGGACAAGCCCAUGCGGCGCAUCGACCCGGGCAUGAUGCCGCUGCCCGACACGGCGGCCGGGCUCGAGUGGUCCAGCCUGGUCAACGCGGCCAAGGCCUACGAAGUGCAGAGAGCCGUCUCGCUGUUCUCCCUCGCCGACUCGGCGCUGAGCCCCGAGAGCCCCGUGCACCUGGGCCCGGAGCGGCAGCCCACGGCGCGCAGCACGCCCACCAUGAGCGAGGAGCCGCCCCUGGACCUGACGGGGAAGGUCUACCAGCUCGAGGCCAUGCUGAAGCAGCUGCACAGCGACCUGCAGAAGGAGAAGCAGGACAAGGUGGUGCUGCAGGCGGAGGUGGCCAACCUGCGCCAGAACAACCAGCGGCUGCAGGAGGAGUCGCAGACGGCCAACGAGCAGCUCCGCAAGUUCGCCGAGAUCUUCUCCAGCGCCGUGGAGAAGAAGGAGCUGUGAGGGGGGGCCGCGAGCCCCCCCCCCCCCCCGCCACACGCCGGGGCCCCCCGGGCUGCGACGGAUGCACGGACGCACGGACGCA